AUGUCUCAGACUGUGGUUCUAAAGGUGGCUAUGCCAUGUGAGGGAUGCGUUGGAGCUGUGAAAAGAGUCUUAGGCAAAAUGCAAGGUGUGGAGUCAUUUGAUGUGGAUCUGAAAGAACAAAAGGUGACAGUAAAAGGAAACGUGGAGCCAGAAGCUGUUCUUCAGACAGUCUCAAAGACAGGAAAGAAAACAAGUUUCUGGGGAGCUGAUGACGCUGAAACCGCCAAGCCAUAA